ACCCGCAUCCUCAUGGAUACUAGUCAGAUUCAUUUCUGCUGCGCCACAACGGAAACUCCUACUCAAAGUAAUUUCAGAUGGUGCUAACUGCCACAUGAGGUUGGGGAGAAGGGGGACACAUCAGGGAAAGCCUCUCUGAGGAAAUACGAGCUAGGAAGGUCUGGGGAAGGGUUUUCCAGACAGGCAGAUCCCCAAGUGCCAAGGUCUAGAAGCAGGUGAAGAACUGGGUGGGGGAAGCUCAAAGAAAGUAAGGCAGAGGGAGAGUGGAGAUAUACAGAGGAGAGAUGCUCCAGGGCCUUGUGGGAUUGGGGCGUUUACUCUGAGCCCCAUAUGAAGGCAUGGGAAGGCCGGAGGCAGGACAGGAAUAUGAUUGCGUGUGAUCGCAUGCAUGAGGUGGCAUGAGUUGGGGGUGCUGGGCCUGGGACCCAUGGCCGGAAGAGCCCCCUUGCACCCUGUAGGGGCCCGUGGGAGGUGAGAUUGCCACUGCCUGGGAGGUGAGAAGCAGCCACUUUCCCACCCUGGGGUGUGGCUUCCCCCUAUGCAAAAGGGGGUCAUUGAUCCAGAACAGUCUAUGCACCAGGCAUGGCCCCCACCAUGUUUGGGGAAUCUACAGGGCUCUUCCCAGCAGGCUUUUCCAGGAGGCUGUGGGGCUGUGGCACCCAAACCUUAUCUCAGCCCUCCUACCCCACUUGGGCUUCACUGUCUGUUCUGCUCCCAGUAUGUUUGUUGGAGCAGAUGGGAGUGGUUCUGUUUGCAGCCCCAGGAAGCCCUGAAGGCCUGGAGGGGGAUGUGACCUGGCCUGGGUGCCCCACCCCCCGCCCCAGGGGCACCCCUUCAAUCCAUCCCCAGCCUGCGGCUCACAGUCCCUGGGACGCCCUCACCGUGGCCGGCAAAGCCUGAGGCGGCCAGAGCAAAGGGCACAGUUCUGGUGAAGGUCAUUGCAACCAGGCCCAGCCCCCCCUUCCACUGCUGGUCUGAGGAAGCUUCCCAGGCUGGAAGCUCCUGGGAACUGGGGGUGGGGGUGCGGGGCCAGCUGGGACUGGCCCGUCGGAGGAGCGGAGGCCUGGGAGAGGCGUGGGAGAGAGACAGACUGAGAAAGACAAAGACAGUGACGGAGAGAGAGGCGCACAGAGACAGGGAGAGACUCAGAGACCAGAAGAGAGACACACACAGAGAAAGUGAAGGAGACAUUCAUUCAUUCAUUCAUUCACUCACUUUCUCAGCGGCUACUUAUUCGGCACAGGCUUCGUCCUCGGCAGAGUCUACGACAGACACAAAUCCCUGUCACGGUGGGGCUGACAGUCCGAUGGGGACACAGCCCAGAAACAACGAUAACGGAGUAAAUCGCCUUGUCGGGAGUGAUAAGGCUUUGGGGCGGGAGGCCCAUGGAGCCGGGGCUGCUGCGGCCAGCGCCUGUGAGCGAGGUCAUCGUCCUGCAUUACAACUACACCGGCAAGCUCCGAGGUGCGCGCUACCAGCCAGGUGCGGGGCUGCGCGCCGACGCCGUGGUGUGCCUGGCCGUGUGCGCGCUCAUCGUGCUCGAGAACUUAGCAGUGCUGGUCGUGCUCGGACGCCACCCACGCUUCCAUGCGCCCAUGUUCCUGCUCCUGGGCAGCCUCACGUUGUCGGAUCUGUUGGCCGGCGCCGCCUAUGCAGCCAACAUCCUGCUGUCAGGGCCGCUCACACUGCGCCUGUCGCCCGCGCUCUGGUUCGCGCGUGAGGGAGGCGUUUUCGUGGCGCUCGCCGCAUCGGUGCUGAGCCUCUUGGCCAUAGCGCUCGAGCGCCUCCUCACCAUGGAGCGCCGAGGACCCGCGCCCGCCGCGCGUCGGGGGCGCACGCUGGCGCUGGCCGCCGGCGCCUGGGGCGUGUCGCUGCUCCUCGGGCUACUGCCGGCACUAGGCUGGAAUUGCCUGGGGCGUCUGGAAGCCUGCUCCACGGUCCUGCCACUCUAUGCCAAGGCCUACGUGCUCUUCUGCGUGCUCGCUUUCGUGGGCAUCCUGGCCGCCAUCUGUGGACUCUAUGCACGCAUCUACUGCCAGGUGCGUGCCAAAGCACAGCGCCUGCGGGUGCGCCCUGGGGCUGGAGAGGGCACCUCCGCCCGGGCGCGCGGGACGCCGCGUUCGUUGGCGCUGUUGCGCACGCUCAGCGUGGUGCUCGUGGCCUUCGUGGCAUGUUGGGGCCCUCUCUUCUUGCUGCUCUUGCUGGACGUGGCGUGCCCCGCGCGCGCCUGCCCCGUGCUCCUGCAGGCAGACCCCUUUCUGGGUCUGGCCAUGGCCAACUCACUUCUGAACCCCAUCAUCUACACAUUCACCAACCGCGACCUCCGCCACGCACUCCUGCGCCUCAUCUGCUGCGGCCGCCGCCCCUGCUGGGGAGGCUCUGGCACCUCCCGGAGUCCGGGGAGCACCCUUGGGGCUUCUGGCGGCCUGCACCGCUGGCUACCUCCCGGCAUGGACCGCAGCUCUAGCCGCUCCGAGCGCUCGUCGCCCCAGCGGGACGGACUGGACACUAGCGGCUCCACCGGCAGCCCUGCCGCGCCCACAGCCGCUCAGACCCUGGUACCCCCGCCCGCCGCAGACUGACGCCCUUUGGCCAGCCGUUGCCCUCACUAAGAGCUCUUUUGCCGACGUCCUUCCUUCCCUUCCCUCUUUCUCUCUUUUUCAUUUUUGGCCGCCCUGCGGCAUAUGGAGCUUCCAGGCCAGGGUUCAGAUUUGAGUCGCAGUUGCGACCUAAGUUACAGCUGUGGCAACGCUGGAUCCUGAACCCACUGUGCCAGGCCGGGGGUCGAACAUGUGUCCCAGCACUCCCAAGAGGCUGCCGAUUCCGUUGCGCCACAGCGGGAACUCCUCGACUUUCUUUUUAAAUUAAGGAAUUUAUGGGAAAAGCCGCUGAAGAUGGUGGAGGCAGAAAAGAUGGAAGAAGAUGUAUUUUAUUGACACUAAACCUCGAAGCAGUGAAGAAAACAGACAAAAAUCCUUGCCUUGUGGAAUUGAUAUUCUGGUGGUGGACAUAGACAAUAACGGAGUGAAAAGGUACGGAGAUAAUUCCACGGACAAUAUAGUGAUGCAGUGGUGGUCAGGGAAUGCCUCUCUACAGAGGUGGCAACAGGUGUUAUGACUUGAGAUGGUCACUGUCCUGGGAAUUUCUGAAGGAUGAGCACUUCAGGGUAGGGUUAACAACAGGUGCAAAGGGUCUGAGGCUAGAAUAUGUGUGUUCUCUGAAAAGUAAGGAUCCCAGUGUGGCUGGAGCUAGGAUGGAGAGGGAGAGUGGGAAGAAACAGAGGCAGGGAAAUAAUGGGGCAGAUUUUGCAGGGCCUUAUGGGACAGGGGGAAUUUUCUUUUGCUCUGAGUGAAGUGAGAUUCAUGGAGGGUUCCAGGCAGAGGAGAGACUGAAUUUGGUCCAGAUGUUUACAAAUGCCUCUGGUCUUUGUGAGGUGGGGGGCAAAGCUAGGAGAACAAGGUGCCCUGAACUGACCUAGGUGAGUGAUGAUAAGGCCUCAGACCAUGUGGAUUCUUGACAGAUUUGAGAAGUAUGGACCAAGUUACUGAGGCAUUGGGUGUGAGAAAGGAGUCAAGGACAGCUCUUCACUUUAGAGGAGAGCCCAAAGACAGGGCACCCCAAAAUCGACUCUGGGAGACUCAACCAAUCCAUCUGAAACAAAAUUUCUUUGAAUGUGGUGUCCUACAUAAAAAAUAAAAAUAUAAUCGGAUUAUAA